AUGUGGAGCUUUGCAGUUCAGAACUGUUCCGGAGGUUUUCCUGCGUCCAAUUGUUUCCCGUUGAGCUUCGCGUUAUGGAUGCUUGCUUUGGCUAGCUGGAUUCCGCUGACUGGAAAAGUUGAGAAAAGGACUCAAGUGGAUCCAAUGAAACCUGUGUAUGUUGGAGAGUCCCCCCAGAUCCCACUGUUGAAGUUGCAUCCACUCUUUUUCUGUGAGUUGGUGGAUCAUUCGGCAUCCAUGAAGAAGAAGCGUAAGAGUUGCAGCAGCAGUAGCUUUGGAGGAGCAGUUCACCAUGAAGAACGAGACUUCUGGAUACCACCAAAGAAAGGGAUCGUCGCAGGAGGAGAUCCAGACUGCAAUGGGUGGAACGACAAGCAGAACGAGUUGUGCUACGACUGUCAGUCGUGCCAGGCGUCCUUUGUGUACAAUAUCAAGCAGCAGUGGAGGUCUCUGGCUUUCAUUAAUGUCUGUGUUCUUAUACUCCCCUUCUUGGUCUAUAUUAUUGGUUGUUGUGCUCAGUUUAGCAAUUCGUCAUCGAGUUCCAAUAGAAAUUAUCUCAGCCGGUAA